CGAUUUUUCAAAGCUGUGCCGUAUCGAUUGUUUUCAUUUAGCUGUAGACCUUCAAACCGUUCAUACCUCAUAGAAUUCCAUCAAAAAAAAAAUGGUGACAAAGUUGGUGUUACUGCAUUUUCUCGGAAUUUUUCUGCUGAUAACGAAAUCGAAUGCGAUUACAGUGAGUGAAGCAAAUGUUUUGCAAAUAUUUGGAGAAGAUCAUUUGAAUGAUACUAGAGAAAUUGAACAGAAUGAAACUUACGUAGGAGAAAUGUUUUUAAAAAGUGAUGAAAAUGUAUUUGUGCCAAGUGAUUUGAAGCCCAAGCAGAAUGCAAGUGACGCCAAUUGUAAUCAAAUAUUCCGUUGUGAUUCUGGUUACAAUAUUCAUGUCAUGUAUCAUUAUUACAAUAGAGCUUUUCAAAUAGUUCUGUUUAUAUUGUUCGGUAUUGAACUGAAAUUGACAAAAGUUAAAGCGGUUGUAAGAUACCCAGUCAGUCCGGUUAUCGCAUCUUUUUGUUGCUGGAUAUUUGCACCAUUGUCAUGUUACGUGAUUGGGUUGUUACUCUUCACAAACGAUGUGGAUGAACGGAUGAACUUAUUCGGAGUGUCAAUUGAUUUAAUGGGCGUGCUACCAAAUGCAUGGACACUCAUCGCUGAAGGAAAUGUUGAUUUGUCGAUUACAAUUACCGUUGUAAACACUAUAUUGGCGUGUGCGAUGCAACCAUUUUGGGUGCUGACACUGGGCAAAGGAAUCAUGAAAAGCGACGAAGUUGCGGCACGUUUUGAAAUUGACUACUUUCAAUUCAUUUGGAAUAUAGGCUGCGUCAUCCUUCCUCUAACGAUUGGAUAUUUGAUUCAAAACUAUUAUCCACGACACAAAAAACUGACGGGGCCGCUUCUGUGGUGGCUCUCACUGAUUUAUAUCGCCUUCAAUAUUUUGUUUACUUUAGUGAUUUAUUUUCUAGGAUUAGUUGGAGACUAUGCGACUAACGCAAUGCUCUUUUUGAUUGCAUUUAUUCUCACAUCACUUGGAUAUUUGACGGGAUGGUUUUUAGGCUUUUUAUAUAAACAAGAAUAUGAAGAUUGCUUGGCCAUCGCAAAUGAAUCUGUUAUUCAAAGCACAGUUCUUGUAUUGACGUCACUACCGAUGAUAUCACAAUACGCUUGGAAUAAAAUCAGCAAUCGACUGAAAAGACCCUGAGUGAAUUAAACAAUUGAUAUUCACAAAUGUUUUUAUCAGUCUGCGUUUAAAAGAUAAGAGCUUAGAUUUCUAUUGUUUUUAGAUGAAAUAUAAAAUUAUACGAAAGAAUAUGUACUUGUGCUCAUUUCGUUGAACUUUGUUUUGAAAUUGUUUCUUUUUGCACAGCUGAGAGACACUUUGAAUAAACUGUUAUGAACUUUAUA